GAAGUGAGUGAGAGUGAGAGCGAUAUCCCGCCUAAUCCUAAUAUCUCGUUUCUCAUCGUGACUUUUCAAAUUCAAGCUCCUCUUUUGUCUCUUUCUCACUCUCUCGUUUAUUUUAACGUUGCUGUUUUCUUUUCCUCAUUUUUCAUCACCGACCAACAAAAAUUUCAAAUUGAUUUUCACCAAACCCUAAAACUACAAAUCCCUAAUUCUUCAACCCUAAUUCGAUCCCUAAUGUCUUCACCUGAUUCCACCGCUCCUUCUCUUCCUCUCUCCACUAAGGAGAACAUUACUCCAAUUUCCUCAAAAAUUGCGGAACUUAAUGAAUCAAGAUCAGAGCUACUCGGUCGAAUUCAGAGUUUGAAACAGGAUUUGCAAGGUUGGAGAUCGAAGUUAGAUACACAAGUUAAGGUCUAUAGGGAUGAACUGACAGACCUUAAGAAAACACUUAAUGUCGAAGUGGAACAACUUAGAGCAGAAUUUCAAGAUCUGAGGACCACUCUUCAGCAGCAACAAGAGGAUGUUACAACUAGCUUAAGAAACUUGGGGCUUCAGGAUGUCUCAGGAGAUGUAAAGCAAGCUCAGUCACAAGAAACCAAGACUGAAGAAAUCGCCAAGGAAGAGCAGCCUGUGUUACACUUACAUGAGGACGAGAAUACCAAGAUAGCUGAAAAUUAAACAGGCUUUUGUUUCGGGGUAUUUGCUACUAUUGAUGUAUACCCUAAGAAAAGCUGAAUGAUUUUCUGUGUGCUUGUAUUAUUAGUGUUAUGUUCUGUUCGAUUAGUGUUAUGUGCUUGUUAACCUCAUUGUUCAAUCUAUACUUUCUUAUACAAUUUGUUGCUUGCUUCUAUUUACUAUUAUUUAUAUGGAUUUAUAAUCAAAACA